GGGCCCUCACGACCUGACCAAGAUCAAACACUGCAAAUGAAUGCCAGUAACACGAGACAACUUCGACGUCGUAGGCGACUUCAAAAGCGUCCGCGAUCUUUAAGCGCUCAUGCCAAUUCGAUAGCUCUUUCACCACAAGAUCCUGCCCAAGACCUCGUAACGAAUAACCCUCAAAAUAAUGGAAAACCUCAACAAGAGCCAUAUCAUCCCGCAUGGAAGAUCCCCAAAACACCGAUGCCACCUUUUCCUGUCCACCUUCCUGACGAGAUUUUACGAAGCAUUUUUGAAUACGCGGCUACCGACCUGGACACCGCCUGUGCACUUGUCCUCGUCGCGUUUCAUGUACGAACCUGGGUCGACCCUAUCCUCUAUUCCAGAGUCCGACUCGAGGGUCUUGAGCCUAUUCGCCUCUUUGCACGUACAAUUGAGGCAACCCUGGCACUGGAGGCAUCUAUUUCCG